AUGAAUAAAGUUGAAUUGCCAUCGAAUUUGCAAAUCUCAAAUUUUUUGUAAAAUGAAAUACAAAAAACUGAUAAAUAUGUUAAAUAGCAUGAAAAAGAACUCAAUACUCUGUCAAAAUACUAAAAAAUAAUAUCAUAAAACUGUCAAUCCAAUAAAGAGAAACUAUCUCAAUUAUUUGUAAAAUAAUUUGAACUUGAUUAACAUCUAAAACAAAAAAAUAAUCAAGUAAUCUAUUCGUGUUAGGUUUAGUUAAAAAAGAAGAGAUACAUCAAUGAGUAAAGUGGUCUUUAAGAACAAAAAGAAAAAAAUUAUUUAUAAUAAUUGGAUUCUUAUUGGAGCUAUCAACAAAACUUUUAUCCAAAUAUUGACUAUAUGUCUGACUCAGUUGACAAAUCUCGGCAAUAAUUAAUUCAAUAUUACGAGCAUAAAUUAUCUCUAGAAGAUAACUAAUUAGAAAGGAAUUAAAUAAAAUAAAAAAUAUUUUCAUUAAAAGAGGCCUAAAUUAAAUAUGAUAAAUGUAAAAGCAUUGAAGGUAGAAUUAAGAAAGCAGAAUAAUUAAGAACGGAGAGAUUUGACACUUCAGUAGAAAAAAUAAAAAAACAUGAAAAGCAUAUAAUGGAUGUGAUAUAUCAGAACUAAAUGUUAAGCGAAAGAAAGUCUCAUUAUUUUAAAGAUAAACUUCAUAGACUAGAGGAGAAACUAUGUUAAUCUGAAUUAGAAUAAGGAAAGAAAAGAUUAGAUUAAGUUCAAAAAGCCUUCUAAAAAGAUAAUCAUAGAUUAUAAGUUUAUAAGUAUACAAUAAUAGGUAAAAGUAAAUUGUGA